AUGGCCUAUAUUGGUAACCGCCUGCUUUCCGGUCCGUUACGAAGCAUCCCAGGACCGUUACCGUGCAAGGUCAUUCCUGGGUGGAUUGCCUAUCACGCUUUCAGAGAUACCCUCCAAAAAGCCGUGCUCCAAGCUCACGAGAAAUACGUCGAUGUCGUCUGCGUAUCUCCCAACACUGUCCUUGCUCGCACCCCUGAAGCAAUCACAAAAGUCCUAGGCUAUGGCUCAAAUCACCUGGCAAAGUCGUCCGACUACAGAGCGCUUGUGUUCCAUACACCCUCCGUGUUCAGUGAGAUCGAUAAACAGGCACAUACUCGCAAACGUCGGAUCGCUGCCCAGGCGUACAGCAUGAACAAUAUCGCGAAGAUGGAAGGCCUCAUCAGCUCAAACGUAGACCGGCUCUUGCAAGUGUUUGAGACAUACGCAGCGUCGGGAAUUCCAAUCGAUCUCUGUGAGUGGUUUCGAUAUUACGCAUUCGAUGUGAUUGGAGACCUGGCUUUUGGUGAGACCUUUGACAUGCUGGCCCGUGGAUCUGAAGGCGAGUUCGCAAGUCAGAUUUCGGAGGGCAUUGAGUACACUUUCGUGCUAUUUCUUUGCCUCCUUUUCUUCGGCCACUGCGCCGCUUCUUGGCGCGAUGGAGGCUCCCAGGCCUCGCCGGUUCCACAGCCGGUUUUGAUUUCUAGUCGAUGGAACAAGUUCAUCGACCAGGGCAGUGAUGGGCGACCUGACAUACUCAGCGCGUUACUGGACGCAAAGGACCCGGAGACAGGCGACAGUAUCAAGCUUCCAGACCUCGCCACAAACGCCUCCACGAACGUUGUUGCUGGAUCGGACACCUUGACCAUUGCUUUAACUUCGGUCCUGUAUUACCUGUUAAGCAAUUCCCCUGUGCUCCAAAAGUUGACUGCAGAACUGGAUAAUGCUAUCUCCAACAAAACGCUAGCUGUCAAAGAUGUGCUAGUACUGCCUUACCUCGACGCCUGCGUCAAGGAAGCCAUGCGCCUGAACGCCCCUUUUGGCGGGCCGAUGCCUCGUGUCUCCCCUACCGGUGGCGUUGAGAUUUCGAAGCAGCAUAUUCCCGAAGGCACUAUCAUAUGCGUGAUGCAUGAUGCGGUUCACAUGGAUGAGCGCGUCUUUCAGCAGCCUGGCAUCUUCAACCCCGAUAGAUGGCUACUUGACAAGACGGAGGACAUGGAGCGGUGCUUCCUAGGGUUCAGUACAGGACCGCGGUCUUGCCUGGGGAAAAAUAUCGCCCUCUUGGAAAUGAAGAUGCUAUUGAUUCAGCUACUGACUCGUCACCAAGUCGCUACAGCCGAUAAUGGCACAAGUGACGAGGAGGAGAGAACCGCAAGUAGGAAAUUAGAAGGCAGCACUCCUGGGAUGCAGACACAGGAACCGGUAAAAUCGAAGUUCGAGAAGUAA